AUGCGCACAUACUCACUACACACACAAACACGCGCAUUGCACGCACAUCCAACAUCCACAAGCCACACACAUGUGCAUCUUGCCAACACCACGCGCUGCUGCGCUCAUAUCCAUCAUACCGUCGCUGCGCGCCUCGUCGCGUGCCCCGCCGGCCAAUUCUCUGCUCGCGGCUCGCGGCUGGCGGCUUCUAAGCCUAGCGCAGCCGACGUGCAUCAUCAUUUUCCAUCACUCGAGAAACUUACCGACAGUCGCUAUCGUCCAAUAUCGGCGCCAAGCUCAUCUCGAGUGGCUGGGACAGAUGUCCAGGUACCAGCGCUAGCCGUCCCCAUCUGGUUACUAGCCACAUAG